AUGUUCGCCCGGCUUAUUUGCAUAGCACUAAACGACAUGGACGACACCUUCAUGUGCGGGAAGAAUAGUCUUUCCAGCCACGAUGGCAGGUGGCUAGCAAUUGCUCUCCGGAAUCUCUGGGUACGGUGUCUCCGUAAAGCAUAUGAUGUUAUUGGGGUCAUUGGGGCAGAAGUUAGGGGUCGAUCUCAGCUGCUGCGCAAGGGCCUUAAAUAUCCUGGAACAACCUCUCAAACUGGGGAUAAGGAUAGGGAAACAAGCCCGGCCGUUCGCCUCCACCUUCUCAAUCUCUCGCUGCUGCAGCAGAGAUGA